CAAGAUAUCUCACUGGCGCGAAAAACGCACUGUGUGGCUUUUUGUGACGCGCCGUGGGUGGAACCCAGCUCCUGUUGUUUGAGACUCCGGUGUUUUCUCUUGUCCCUUUGUAAUCACAUGUUCGUAUUUUUGAGUGGGCAAAACCGUCAAAGAAAAGUGGUAACACCGCGUCUUUGUAUCCAGUUUCAACUCGAGGAGUUAAUGCGUGUGUGUGUGGUGGCUUCUCUUUUCUCUCCCAUGCCCUGAACGCCUCGUUGAGAUUUCUGCUCAGAAGCCGGUCGAACAGGACGCUUCUCUGCUGAUUGUUUCUGGGAAUAAACUCAAAGGAUUCUUUUAAUUCUAAUUGUUUUUUUUAUUAUCCGGGAGCAUGGAGUUUGAUUGUUACCAGCACUAUUUUUUCGACGACUUUGACACCGAGGAGGAUUUUUACAAGUCAACUGCACCAAGUGAGGACAUAUGGAAAAAGUUCGAGCUGCUGCCCACGCCUCCCAUGUCCCCCACCCGGACUCUGAGCGCCGCCGCUGCCCCGCUCCCCUCGCCGGGAGACAAGCUCACAUGGCUGUCCAAGGUGCUGGGUCAGGACGAGGAGUGCGAGGGUCCGCUCAGCCCAGACACGGAGAAGCUGUUCGGCAACCUCAGCUCCAUUAUCAUCCAGGACUGCAUGUGGAGUAGUUUCUCCGCCAGCAAGCAGCUGGAGAAGGUCAACGGGAGAGUGGCAGCUGCUGCUGCGGUGGCGCAAACCGGUGCCUCCCCAGUGGCACAGAUCUCCAUGAGACCGAGCAAAGCGCAGUGCGUCUCGCCCUCUGGCGCGCACGCCGCCGCCGCCUCAGCGACAGACUGCGUCGACCCGGCUGCCGUUCUCACCCUCCCGACAAUUAGCUGCAGGAAGCCGGCGUCGUCUGGCUCCGAGUCUCGCUCUGAUACCUCUGAUGACGAAGAGGAGAUCGACGUGGUCACGGUGGAGAGCAAGCAAAAGCGGGUGCGGCUGGUGAACGUCAGAAAGCCCGUCACCAUCACGGUCCGCGCCGACCCCUGCCCCAAACGCUUCCACAUCUCUGUGCACCGGCAGCAGCACAACUACGCGGCCCCGUCCCCAGACAGUGAGCCUGAGGACGAGGAGGAUGACGACGACGACGAUGAUGAUGAUGAUGAGGAGGACGAGUGUGAGGAAGAGCCUCGGUGCAAGCGUGCCUGCAUAUCAUCCAGUCCGCAGCCCGGCAUCUCCCGGCCCUCCUCUCCCUCAGAGAGUCCACAGAACUCAGACGUCGAGGACACGGACCGCAGACGGAACCACAACUUCCUUGAGAGAAAGCGGAGGAACGACCUGCGCUCUCGCUUCCUCGAGCUGCGGGACCACAUCCCGGGGCUGGAGGCGGCCAAGACUCCGAAGGUGGCCAUCCUGACGCAGGCGACCGAGUACCUCACAGAGCUGCACGCCAGGGAGAAGCAGCACCUCCUGGAGAAGAAGCGCCUCCGAUCCCGGCAGCAGCAGCUCCUUCGCAGACUCUCUGAACUGAAGCAAUGCUGAUGCCCAACAACAACAACCACAGACUGUCACAGUCAAGAACUUUGCUCUUGAGGAACUUGUCCGUUUUGGAAAAUGCCUCGUGUGAAUAGCCAUGAAAAGCGUAUAAAUAAUAUUGCUGUCCUGGUCUGAGAACCUAUUACAGGGAAGAGCCGUUAGACCUUGGUGUGCUGUGUUUUUUUUCCCAUAGUUAUGAUGUGGGGGAUACACUUGUUUUAACUAUGAACCAAGAUGUGUCCGGGUUCUGUUCUGAUGGGACGACAAGGAAAAAUGUGUAAUGGUGAACCUGUGUAGCCUUCAGGACGCGUGUGGGGAGGUCUUCAUUGCACAUAUGUAAUGUGAGUGUUUCUGUGAAUGUCUCUCUGUGUACAUACGAGUGUGUGUGUCUGUGUGUCAUGUACAAAUUGUGUGUGUGUAUAUAAUAGCUUAUUGCUCCUGAUGAAGGAGACAAAAUCAAGACUUGUCACUGGGUAAUAACGCUCCUCUGUGUAAGCGACACAAAGAAGCCUCUAUUUUGUUAAGAAAACAGGAAAAUGGACAAAAAAAGAAGAAAAAAAUGGAAAAAGAAAAUAAGUAGCACUGCUGUACUUUAUAUUCACACGCCACUUUGUGAUUUCAAUGCUUCUCCUGAUUUUGGUUGAUUUUCUUUUCUUUUCUUUUUUUUUAAAAGCAUGCCAACAGUAACAUUAAAUUUUUAUACCAUGUUUGCAUACAAA